CUGCACCUGAGCUUCGGCGCUAGCUAGCUAACUAGGUUGGUUGGUAGGUAGGUAGGUAGGUAUGUAUUGCCUGGUGCUGGACGUGGCGGUGCAAUACGUUUGAUCGAGCCAGGCGUCCAAGAUUUGAAGUCGAUCAGUUGUGUCUACAACUAUUAAUUAAUAACUUUUUUUGGCAUGCAUGCAGUCAGCGAUCAUUCGUUUUCCUGACGUUAGCAAGCGCUAACUCUCUCUGAUUGCUAACGUUAGCAAGUCUUUUCUCUCUGGCGUUGUCAGACAUUUUGGGCAGGAUUAGGAAUUUCAUUAAACUCCAACUGGCUAACGUUGCAUUGCCUCUAUUUUAUAGCUAGAUAGUUAACUAAGGUUGUCUGCCUACUUGUUGUGAGACAUUGCACCCUGAAAUGUUCAGUCAGACCGAUAUUAGUGCACGCUUCAGAGUUUCGUUCUCUGUAGUAGCUAACGUCAGUAAGGUUAGACUAUUCAUAGACGCUAGCUAGUUAACUCGAGUCUAGGGAUAACGGCAGUAGAAUGCCACCUUGGGUUUCUCUCGAGAAACCCAACGUAGUAGCUGCUGCUGGACCAUCAUGACAGCUCCUCAAUACAUGUUUUUACGGGGCUAACGUUAGCUAGCUAACUAUAAUCGUCUCGACUAAGCCUUGCUUAGCUGUACUCGUUCAUUCCUUGCUCUGUUUAUAGUUGCCCUGUCAUCUUUUUCAGGUGAUUGACUUGGGAUGGAAGUUCUAAACUGCUGUCUAUGGAUUUCACUGGCUUGCAACCAUCCUUGUCAUGCCUUUCAAACCACAAUCUGUUCAACAGUAUACCAUGUAGCCCGCUACUUGGUAACUUUUUACUGAACGAAACAGUUCAUCACUUGCAGAUGCAACUCCCUUGGAUCUAGCUAGUGUAUGGACAUGGAUCAUGAUGAGGUCCCGUCGGAGCUGGAUCAGAUUGCACUGCGUCUGCAGGAGGGCGGCCUGGCUCCCUCGGCAAGUGCGGAGGAGAGUCAGCGGCACCUGUGGCGUCAGCUCCUGCAUUGUGAGGGAGACCUGCGCACAGCUACCCAGGAGCUGCACACACUGCGCACACAGCAGGCCGCCGAGAUGAAAGAGGUGGAGAACUAUGUGGAGCACAUCCGUGGCCUGCUGGAGGAGCGUGAGUCUCUGACAGCCGAGUAUGAGCAGGACAACGAGCAGCUCCAUGCAGACCUCCAGCAGAUUAGGCUCCAGCAAGAUUCCCAGAGGAAGGAGGUGGUGGAGAUGCUGGCCCAGGAGGACUUGGGUGAAAUUGGCCUCAGUAGCACCAGUGAGCAGGUGGCCUACCUGCUGGUGGAGAGGGCCACGCUGUUGGAGAGACUGGAGGCUGCAGAGAGGAGGCUGGACACGCAGAACCUCACAGGCAACCUCAGGGAGGUCCACCUGCAGGACGAGCUGGAUCAUAUUCGCCACACUCUGGAGGAAGAGUUAAGACAGCAGAGGGAGACCAUGCAGCGUACCAAAGAAAGCAUGAGCCAGGAGCAGCAGUCUUCAGCUCAGAGGCCUUGGAAGAAGCUGUUUGGCCUUCGCAAGUCCUCACAGAGCACACACAAUGGUGCACCUGUCCACAAUGAGGACGUAUCCCAGGAGCGCUCCGAGCGCCAGCGGCUGGAGAGGGAUCUGGAGGAGGCAUCUCGGAGGCUCUCCAUGGCCCACGAGGACAUCCGCAGACUGACAGACAAGCUGGAGUCUGCCAAGAAGACCCAAGCCAUGUGUGGACCUGAGCUUGAGCAAACUGGUCAAGAGGUGGAGAGCCUGAGGAAGGAGGUGGACAAGCUGAAGCAAUGUGAUACGCUGGAGCUGCAGAGGGCGAAGGAGCACAAUGAAAGACUGGAUGGGGAAAUCCGGGUUCUGAGAGAGCGAGUGCGCUCCCUUGACUCUGAGAAGAAAACCCUCUUACAGGGGGAGGGCAAUAGCAGUGAGCACCCUAAAGAACUGCCUAUGCUGUUGUUGACCACAUCGAAACCUGAGGAGCAGGAGCAGAUUCAUAAAAGGUGUCGCGAGGCUGUGGAGGACGUGGGCUGCCAGCUGCGGGAGCUGCAGCGGCGCAUGCAGAGGCAGCAGCGGGAGCAGGAGGAGCUGGUGGAGAGGAACGAAGAGCUGGAGGCGCUACUGGGAGAGGCCCAGAACGCCAGCAAGGAGGAGUGCCAACUCCACGAGGGUGAACUCGAGGGACUGCACCGCAAGAUUAAAACCCUAGAGGCAGAGCUGAAGAAGAUAUGUGCUCAGGACCAGGUACUGAAGGAUGGAGGUGUCGUCGGCAGAGAGACCGAGACGUACUUACAUCAGUUAAGGGACAGUAGCCAGGAGAGGGUGGCCCUGCUAGAGGCUCGUCUGACCGAAGAGAAGGAUUGGAGGAGACAGCUGGAGGUAGACCUCGGCUCUGCCCAGGCUGCACUUAAAAAUAACAAAGAGACACUGCAGAGAGAUGAGAGGGAGCUGAGGAAGUUGCGAUUGGAGAUACAGGGCCUGCAAACUGAAUGUCAACAAGGGAAAACGCUCAUCAAGAGCCUAACGCAAGUUAAAGGGGAAAAGGGAAUCUUGGAAGAGAAAGUGGCCCAGUUGGAGCGAGCUCAGAGCAGACUCCAGAGUGACCGGGAGCACCAGACAGAGAGCAGCCGGACCCAGGAGGACCUGAGGGAGAGCAGGACGCAGGUGGAGGAGCUGGGAGCGAAAGUGGAGCGACUCACUUCGGUGCUCUCCUGCUUGGAGGAAGAGCAUUGCACACUGCGGGAUGAGAUGGUGCAGGAGAGGAGGCGGGCCGCACACCUCCAGGCCCAGCUGAGUGAGCGGGUCCGGGAGAAGCUGACCGCUGAAGGGGAGAAGGAGAGACUGGGCAUCGAGCUACUCCGGCUCAGGGAACAACUCCAACUCUCCACCCAGACCCGACAGGAGACCGCAGGACCCACCAGGCCCAGACAGGAUACCCCAGAAUCAGACUACAGCUUCCUCCUAACAGAGAGGACCAAAGACGAAUGCCUCAACCAGCUGGCGUCUCUAAAGUGUGAGCUGAGUCGUCUGCACGCCACCCUGGAGGAGGAGCGGCAGCUGGCCAAUCAGCACCAGCUGGCCCUGCAGGCCCAGAUCAACGAGGCCCAGGCCCGCACUAAGUCCCAGGACUCUGUGCUGGGGCAGAAAGCUGAGGAGAGCAAGCAGCUGAAGCAGGACCUCCAGAGAGCCCAGAGUCUGUUCACCUCGGCUGAGAGGGAGCUACGCUACGAGAGAGAGAAGAACCUGGACCUCAAGAGACACAACGCCCUCCUGGACCAGGAGAAGAUCAAGGUGUGUGCGGAGCUAAAGCAGGCCCAGGCAAAGCUUUCCCAGGCAGAGAAGAGUGGCUCGGGGCAGGCUGCGGAGAUGGAGCGGCUGCAGCACAGGCUCCGAGAGCUGGAACUGGAGCUGGCCCGCAGCGGGCAGAGCCGCAACACCAACGCAAGCCUGCAGGAGGAGCUUCAAGCAGAGAGAGUCCGCGUCAUCUCCGCAGACAAGAAGGUGUUGGAGCUGCAGCAGAAGCUGAAGAGUGCCCACCACCAGCUUCGUCUGGAGGAAGCCCGGGCCGGGGAGACCAACCGGCUAGAGAGGGACAGUAGGGACAUGUCCGACACCCUCUCCUCUCUCCGAGCUAGACAGCUGGAGGACCAGCUCCAGAGGAAGCUGUUGGAGCAGAGGGAGGAGGAGCUGCAGCAGCAGGUGCGUUCUCUGAGGGGGAAGGAGGUAUCACUGGGACGCAACAACUCAGAGCUCAGACACCUCACACAGCAGCUGGAGACACGCCUAGCUGUCCUGGAAGCCGAGCAUGGCAAGGCCAGAGAGGAGCAGAGAGAGAGCCAGAGGUCGUGUCUUCAGCUAGGAGAGGAGUUGGUGGCCAGUCAGCAGGAGAGUGAACGGCUCCAGGAGGAGCUCCAGCAGGUCAUCACACAGCUGGACACUUACAUCAGGAAGUACAAUGAGAAACAGUCGCAGCACAAGACCAAGCUGAGGAAGGCCAAGCAGAUCUUCCUGAUGGCCACGGCCCAGAGAGACCGCACCAUCCAGAAACUGGAGAACGACCUUGCCCUGGCCUCCAGCCUCUCCCACAAGGAGAAAGACUGGAUCAGGACAGUUAUGGAGGAGAAUGAAAAAUUGCUGGUAGAGAAGAGAGAACUUCUGAGGAGGAUGAGCGAGGCAGAGGAGAUGGGGAGCAACGGCCUGAGAAAGGCCUCCAAUGUUCAACACAGGGUCAACUUUCUGGAGGUGGAGAACAGACAACUUCAGGAAAGAACUUUAAAGUUGGCCAAUCAAGUCGGAACGCUAGAGCGGGCUCUGAGGAACGUCCAACCACAAUCGCUCUGCAACCUAGAGGAUAUCAAGAAAAUGUUUCCUUCUGAAAGUCUUGCGAACGACAGCAUCCUUCAUAAGUCAACAUUAAGUCUGACAUCAGGUGCGUGUGACCCUCUGGGCAUCCUCAAUGCCAUCUGCCGGGUGAAGGUGGGCGAGCGCGUGGAGGGCAUCCAGACGUCGUCCUCCACGCCCCAUUCCCAGUUGCAGUCCUUUGAACUGGGCUACCUGAACCUCACCUCCCCUGUAGCUCCCCCAGACACCAAAGACCCAGAGGAGAGUGACCAGUGACCAGAAAGUGAUUUGUGUGGGGAGUGACUAGGUAUGAGGAAGGGGUUAAAGGGUGGUGAGGACCCUGGUAUACAAAAUGACUGCUCCAUUGACCACAGGAGAAUCUGUCACUGUUACUCUAGUCUUGGUCUCUGCGUUACCAUUCUUCCAAGUCUCUAAGGAAGCCUGGAAGCUGAGGCUACUGUUACUUACCUUUGAGGUGUUGACCUGAGUGUUUAUUUUACAAGACAAUUAUGUCAUUGUGUACAAAAUAGACAGUUGUGGGAAUUUUUAAUGCGAUACCUCUACUAUAAUGACAAUUCAUGGUCUUUUCUGCUUUGCCUGUGGAACACAGUUUGAAUUGUGGAAUUAUACCACUGACUCCCUCAUUUGGCUUGCAGCUGCUGCCUUAUCUCCCUUGUGUUCACAGUGGGAUGUUUGAAAAGUGAGCUUUUGGGGGUUUGGCUGGUUAAGUCUGUGGGAGUGUGUCAAUGGCAAACAUUGAAAAUAGUAUUUUGAACAGUGACUUGUGUGAUUUGAGCUUAAGUGCAACUAUUCGAUUGGAAGUGGAAGUAACUAGUUAACUAAGAUAUGGUCUUUUUUGGAUGCACUAAAUGUGGAUGCACUUCAUUUUAAAUCCUCCAAAUGCUACGAUGGUCUUUAUAUUCAGAAAAUAAGGCCAAACUGAACAUGGAGCCUUAUGAAGGUCUGGAGCUGGUAUGACUACAUUUACAUUGAAUCAAAUAUGUGUCUUUGUAUUCAAGGAAAAGACUGGUCAAUUAAAAAAAAAAAAUCUAGAUACUAGCAUCACAAUUUCUACACUAAUACAGUGAGGUCCAAAAGUAUUUGUAAAGUGACUCAUAUUUUGUUGUUUUGGCUCUGUACUCCGGCACUUUGGAUUUGAAAUGGUACAAUGACUAUGGUUCAAGUACAGACUCUCAGAUUUAAUUUUAUGGUAUCUUCAUCCAUAUCAAGUGAAUUGUUUAGAAACCACAGUACUUGUACAUAGUCCCCCCCAUUUUACGGAACCAAAAGUAUUUGGACAAAUUCACUUGAGUGUAUUAAUAGUCAAAAGUUUAGUAUUUGGUCCCAUAUUCCUAGCACGCAAUGACUACAUCAAGCUUGUGAGUCUACAAACUUGUUGAAUGCAUUUUGCAGUUUGUUUUGAUUGUGUUUCAGAAAAGUUUGUGCCUAAUAGAAAUUCAUGGUAAAUAAUGUAUUGGUUCAUUUUGGAUGAACUUGUAUUGUAAAUAAGAAUAGAAUAUGUUUCUAAAUACUUUUACAUUCAUGUGGAUGCUACCAUGAUUACGGAUAAUAAUUUAAUGAAUCGUGAAUAAUGAUGAGUGAGAAAGUUACAUAAAUAUCAUAAGUACAUUUUCCCUAAAACUUUUGGUUCCCUAAAAUCAUGGGACUAUGUACAAAAAGUGCUGUAAUUUCUAAACGUUUCACCCAAUAUGGAUGAAAAUACCCUCAAAUCCAAAAGUGCUGGAGCACAGAGGCAAAACAACAAAACAUUUGUCACUGUCCAAAUACUUUUGGACCUUACUGCAUGUGUCUGACAUCAAUGUACAAUAGUAACAAUUAAAUGACAGUGGUGUGAAAGAGCUGUUUGAAAUUAUCACUUCUUUUUUUGAACAUGCUCGAGUUGGUUUACAUUCUGAGGAAUGUGGCAGUGAAACGGUAGCUGUAGGAUUUAACUUAAAUCCAUUGUUGGCAUUUUAUUUUCUAUGAAAAACUCAUGCCUUUUGGGAUUGUAAUAUGUUUUAGGAUGUUUUCUGAGAUUAAGUCUUAACGUGGUUCAAGGCAUAUCUGUUAAGUUUACACACGUGUUUUCUAUCGAGUGGACCAAUGGUGUUACGAGGGCGAGAAUGUUACAUACAACUGGAUGUGUUGUAAUGAGGCAGAUACAGUAUGUAUGUAUAGACUAAUGCUAAGAAGCAGAUUGUGGGCUUUCAAUUAGCCAUUAUUAGCAAUCCUAAUAUUAUCACUCAAACCACUACAAACCUGUACUCUGGUGUAGACUAUACUAUACCUCUGUUCAUUAUGUUCUUAACUAAAAUGCGUUUUAAUAUGGCGAACAAUACCGUUGUCUCUUAUAUAAGAGAUUCUCCCGAGUGGCGCAGCAUCUCAGUGCUAGAGGCGUCACUACAGACCCUGGUUCGAUCCCGGUCUGUAUCACAACCGGCCGUGAUCGGGAGUCCCAUAAGGCGGCGCUCAAUUGGCCAUCAUUGUAAAAUAAGAAUUUGUCCUUAACUGACUUGCCUAGUUAAAUAAAGGUUAAACAUUUUAAGAAAGAUGGCAAGUUUUACAAUAGUUUGUUUUGCUUUGAAUGGGAUCCAGUUGCAUGCCCAUUUAGAGGUCAGUGUUUUUAGGUACUUUAUCAUUUAAAAAGAAAAAAAAGCUGCUUAUUUUUUAUGUAACUUGUGGGAGUGACAAUAUCUUGUCGAGGUUAGGGCCUGCUUGGUAGUCUUGGAAAAUACCAUAUUCACAAUAUACACAUCAUUUGAUCAUCUGUUACAGUAAUGCAUUUCUUUUUCACUAUAGAUUUUUAAGUUUGUGUAGUAUGACUCUUAGAUGUUUUAACCACAAAGCGAUUAUUUAAUUUAGCAAUGUUUUAUAAACAUGGAAUUUUAACCUUUUUAUUUAGCCACUGACAACUUACAAUCAUUCACUGUAGCCUUUAGAGAUUGAUUCAGCAAGGAAUGUACAUUAAAUAAUAUGGUAUGAUAUGCUUUGUAAUCCUCCAUUUUGUCUUCAAGGUGCCUGUAAUGAUAAAGUGUAAUGCUCUGUCCUGCUGCUAAACAAUCUACAAAUAAUGCUUGCUAUUAACAGUCAUAUUCAUUAGAGUAAUUAACAUGAACUUUUAGGUACUAAUGUAAAUGUGAUUUUUUUUUAUAAAGAUAAUGAACAUGUAUUUUCAUAAAUAAAGGUCAUUCAAUCUUCCCAUGUGUAUUUGAUUCCUUUGUUUAGUUUAAGCGCACCUGGGGUGUAUUCAUUAGUGCCAAACAGAAGCAAAAAAUUUGGGCAACUGAAAAUGUGCGUUUCUUAUUGGACAAUUUCAGGUUAGUCCCUCCUCGUUUUGACUGUUUGCUUCUGUCUGGUUCCUAAUGAAUAAACUCCAGAUCAUAUCUUGGAACAGAAGGUCAAACAAUCAUGUUGUUGAUGAUAAAUGUUGCAAUAUUGAAUGGUGAAUACAAUAGUCAACCCAUGUUUUACAUACUGUGUGGCUGCAAACUGUUGUUUGGUUUUAAAUGAUUCAUCAAAGUUAUGCAGUACAAUUUUUUUGUUUAACUGUCUGUUUAUUAAACAAGGUAAAGAUAAAGUUUUUUUAAAACAUUGAUAUUAGUUUUACUUCUCAGUCUUGUGUGCAUAUUAAGUUGUCUAAACUUUAUAUAUGAAAUCACAAAGAAAGAGGUGUAAUAAAUCUACACAUCUUUUCAUAGAGAAUAUGGGUUAACAGUUCAUUAAUAUACAGAUUACAGUUUGGAUAUUCCAUGCGGAAAAAUUAAAAUGUUUACUAGACUGAAUACUGAAGAACACUAUACAGAAUAUGGAAAUAAAAUGGUUGUUCAAUGAUAAAAUAGUUAAGGCUUAUACGUAAACUGAAAACAUUAAUAUUAACAAAUUAUCAAUAUUCGGAUAGACUAAAAUCAUUACAAUAAAUUCAUACAUAAACAUACCUGUACAAAACUCUAACCCAAAACAACAGUUUAUGAAAAUGGUACUAGAAUGAGGAUCAUUACAAUACAGCAACAUGUACAUUUCCCUAUAAUUUUUCUCAGAAGACUAAAAUUGAAGAGGCAGGGUCUGUUGGCAUAAAUGUUUGUUUCCAGGCCAGUGGCUUGAAUGAGUUUUUUUUGUAUUUAUUUUUUUACUUACUAUAAAUGUAUUUAACAAUAUUCUCAGCUCCAUCUCAAAUAAACAUCUAGCCUUAGCACCUUUUCUUAAGCAACUUGGAAGAAUACAAGCUACUAGUACCAUCCUGAGCAACCAGAAGGUAAAAUUACAGUAAAAAUACAACAAACAAUACUGUGUAUACCAUGAUGAAAGAAACACUUGCAGUAACACUGCCAGUUCAUAUGAAGUUAUAUAUGGUAUGAACCUUUGAACAAAUUCAUACUGACUAUACUUUACAGUAAUUAAAUGUAAACCUGUUGAAAAAUCAAGAUGAAUCUAUCCUGAAUGUAGUGGGCUUAGGGGUUAAUAUUGGUUCACUUUUUGGUCCACUUUCAAAUACUAUUGUCAUGUUUAAACUGUUUUAUUGACUGACUUUCUAUUGAUGGGCAAUAGCUUUAAGUUGACUUGAUAAGAUUUUGAAGUCUAAUGUGACACAAGUGAGAGUAUAACAAACUAGAAGUCAACAUAAAUACCAAAAUACUUAACCUCCAAUAAAUGUAUGCUCGCUAUAUAUUUCUCUAUAUUUGGAGUAGAAAUGUUCUACUCAAGUAACAUAGACCUAACAACAUUACCAACGUGGCAGCACUUAACUUGAUGCCCCCCUGUCAAGGCCUGCCUGACUCGGUCACAAUCAUGAGAGCCAUCAUCAGCUGUUGUGACUUAUUAUAGAACUAUAGUGACAAAAGCAUUACUCUCUGUUAUUAGCACCCUAGCUAACAGGUGCGUGUAUUAGGAGAACCAUUGGAAGUUACUUGACAAAAGCUGGCAUGACUGUAAAUGACAGUUGUAAUACUCCUCGCGAUAGCUUUGCGUAUGCCUAUUGAGUGCCGUGCCAAGCAAUACCGUAAAGCUGGCACACUAGCUAAUGUUAGCUUGCUUUCCUAAUGAAUCUUGACUUGGCUCACAUAGGUGCAAAGCUACCAUCUGUGCUACCUGGCCGCAAGGAAAACCGGUGAAAUGUUCUGUUGAUUUGAACAGUUCAGUUGAUUGAAUUAGUGUCUGGUCAUAUAACCCAUAUGAUCUUGAUUCGAUUAACCAUAAACAAUGAUUGAAAUGAUCUGGACAAAACAAACAUUCCUUCCUUUUUUACAUUUUGGUGCACUUUAGUUUGUUUCAUCAUUCCUCUGAGAGAAACAACCUGACAAACGAAUGGUCCACAUUGUUCCAAUUGGAUUCUGCUUAUAUGCCACUUUUAUAGAUUGAUCCUGUAUACUUGCAUUGAAAAAAAAAAAAAAAAAAAAAAAAAAAAAA